AGAUGGCGGCGGCGUCCCAACCGCGCCAUCAGAUGCCCGAGGCAAAGAUGGCCGCUCCGCCUCCUUAACGUCGAGACGCAAUGGCCUCACGCACGGAACUACGCCACCUUCGGAUCCUUUGGCUGGCCAAGCAAUGAGGUGAUCGACUAAGCGGCGGGGAGGAGUCGUUCCGACGGAUUGUGGUUGGCUGAGCGUCGAUCACGUGAGACUGCCGGAAUUUGUUCGCGGAAGUAGUAGUUGGGGUAGAACCUAUGCAGUGCUGCAUUUCAUCUUGGAAUAUCAUGCAAGAGAUGCCAUGUACAGUUUCUUAAAAAAGUUAAGUAAAGGAAGCUCUGAUGGGUUUCAAAAGGUAAUGUUUUCCAGCUGGAGAAUUGGUUUGUUGCUCAGUGGAAGACAGAUUCACAUAUGCAAGAGUUGGAAACUAUGUUAAGAUCUCCAGACUUUGAGCACAGUGUAUGGUCCACAGGAAAAUGUGAUUUUGGGGGCUCUGAAUUGCCGUAGUGAAAACAUGAACAUGGUUCAGUACUGUAAAGAAAAGUGUAAGAGUUGGGCAAAUGGAAAUGUUGGAGACAUUAAAACGGCUCCUUUUCUGAAAGUUGGUGGAAGGAAGUAACAAAACGGAAGUUACUUUAAAAUUCCAAAGUUUGCCAAUUUUUUUCCCUUUGUUGGUUUUUAAUAUGAUUGAAUUGGCUUUCUGUUCCUUUUCUCCUUCUGUAUGUAUUUAUUUUGUGAAUAUAAAUACAUUAUGUUGCUUCUCUUGCUUGCCCUUUUCAUCUCCUGGAAGUGAAACCAUGAAAAAGGAAAGACUGAAUGCAAAAAUGUUAGGCUGCUUAUUCUAGUUAUCAGUUUGAGAGCCCACCUCUCACCCCUCUCGGUCAAUGUUAAGGGGCAAGUUUUGCCAUCUUCCCUACUUUGUAGGAAUGCAACAGCUGUUUGUGUACAUGUCGGUUUAAACACACUAUCUGCUUUGUGUGAACCCUAGCUAUUAUUUUAAAUAAAGACCUCAUAUCUCAAUAGCUCCAACCCUUCAUCUUCAGUUCUUUUUCUUGGUCACUCUAAAAUGCAAUGGUGUGGGACAAAAUCUUAAUGAGCAUAAACUUACUUGCCAUUUCCCUUUAUACACUCAAAAGUGAAUUGGAGAAAGUACAAACCAAACACACAAAAAUGAACAACAGUAACAUUGCUUAGACAUAAUAAUUAAGCAAUAUAUAAAUGCCUUAAAUAAAUAAAACAAUAACAUUACAAAAAUACAAUUGAAAAUUACCAGGAAGCUGCAUAAAAUAAGUGACAUUUUCACAUUGGAGAAAUGGUUUUUAAUACAAAAUAGAUCUUCAGUUGUUAGUGGAAAGAAUAUAAAUGUGUCUCCUUACAGAUCAUCCUGGGUGGGGUGUUAAUAAAGUACAGUAGGCUCCAAUAUAUUGAAGAUAUAUUUUGAAUGUGUUGCCUUCCCCUUACAUCAGGAAUUUAUGAAACCUGUGGCCCUCUAGAUAUAGUUGAAUUCUAAAUCCCAUGAGCCCCAUCCAGCAGUGCCAAUGGUCAGAGCUGAUUGGAGUUGUAGUUCAACAGUAUCUGGAGGGCCACAGGUUCUGCUUCCCGGCAGUAGGGAAUAUGAUAUUCCUCCGUCAUGUGAUGAGAGAAAAUGCCAAUUGUUGAGCUACACAGAAUUUCAAUUGUGCUUAGCACAAUAAGGAUAAAUACACUACACACAAACUAGUUUUAUAAGGAAGGUAUAGGAACUAGCUGGAUGAGUUCUUCUUGGUGGACUACUAAUUGAGCUAUAAUGAGUCUAGACUUGUAGCUAGGAUUACCAAAUUGCAAGCCAAGUACUUACAGUAAUCAGGAAUGGGGUACUUGUCGCCCUUAAGACGUUAUUGGACUCCCAUCGUCCCAACCAGUGGCUGUAUGGGGUGCCUCUAGUAAUUUCUUGCCCACUACUCUACAUGUCUUAGAUUCUCUACCCCGCUCACAAAAGUAGGCACCAAUUUGCAUAAACUUUGUAUAUGCUUUGUGUCAUAUUCCAAUUUAUAUCCUGUUUUGUUGAUCGGGUGGAGGACUCAAAAAUAAAUCCGUGGCCGCACACCAAGUAAUAAAAUGUUUGACCAGCAGAAUGUCAACAGGUUUAACCUGUUGAAUUUCUGCUUGCCAUGCAGCUGUGGAAAGACAAGAGCGCCCUGCUUAAUGCCAACCCUAAACCGUGGAAAUAAUUCUAGUUUCAUGAGAUGUAAACUUUUAUGUUACAAUAGGUCUUUCAUUCAAGAUUCAAUUAAAAAGCAACCAGUGUUUUUAAAUAGCAUUUUUGGUGGGUUUUUAAAAUUAUAUCUCUUAAUAAUUAGGGCAGUGUUAUUAGCAUAGGUCAAACAGACAGCCAUUCUCUCUUAAUUUUUAGGGUUUGUAUCUUUCACACAAAUAUACCCAUUUAAGUGUUCAUACCAACAGCAACAGUCCAAGAAUUUUCUCUCAUGGGAAAGCAAUUAAUCACCCCCUCCAAUACAAUCAAUGCUUUCUCAGUCACAGAGAGAGAGAGACGCCGACCCACCCACAGGCAAUAUGAAAAUACUAAUUAUGGAUUUUAUUUGCAUUUUUUUGGAAAUGUUUACAUAUAGAAGAAACAAGAAUUUUGAAUGCAUGAAAAUGAACCUGAGUUAGAAAGGGCACAAACUCCUUGUCUUUGCUGAUGCUUAGUCACAGCUGUGCUAAAACUCUGGAUUUCUCAAUUGUUUUUCACUGGACAAUAAUCACUUCCUUACCAGGAAAGAUGUAAAAACGGUUUCAGAAUAAGCCAAGAAAUCCCCUCGGAACUAAGAAGGCAGCUCUUCUCUAUUGUCUAAAUUUAGAAUAAAACUUGUCUGUGACCCAGACAUGAAGUCCUCUUACUCCACUGUCUUGAGGAGGGGUUCACUGGGUCCUGUUGAAGCUGUUUUGAGGUCUUCUCCUUGGGUUUCUAUGAGUAACCCCACUAAGAGUGAGCAGCCUCCCACCUAUCCAGUCUAGGGAACCACCCACUAACAGUGCCUCAGACUUAUAUGGAUGGAGCUUCAGAUUCUUGGCUCUCAUCCAGUUUAUUACCGAGGCAAGACAGUGGUCCAGCACAUUCACUGCCACAUGGCAGUGUCAUCAACAUUUUGCUGACGGGGUAAUCCAAAGCUGUGGAUGACCCCCACUCAGCGGUUUCAUGGAGAUGUUAAACAGCAUCUCCUGACAGAGGCGCUCCUAAUCUAGUUGGGAGAUUCAUUUGCUACAUGUUAUAUUUAAUGGGAUGAGUUACAUUUUUGAAUUUAGGGAUGGGAAUUUUAUCAGGCUAUGGAAUAGAUUUGCAGCUCUUUCUAAUUUAUAUUUUAAUCACAUGUUUUUGCUGGUUUUUUUUUUUUAAAGAAUAAAGAUGUUUUAUCAUACUUUGUUUGGCAUCUAUAGAUAUCUUUACAGUGGUACCUCGGGUUACAGAUGCUUCAGGUUACAGACGCUACAGGUUACAGACUCCGCUAACCCAGAAAUAGUACCUCGGGUUAAGAACGUUGCUUCAGGAUGAGAACAGAAAUUGUGCGGCGGCGGGAGGCCCCAUUAGCUAAAGUGGUACCUCAGGUUAAGAACAGUUCCUGGUUAAGAACGAAUCAAGUUCUUAACCUGAGGUACCACUGUAUUUUAAAAGGUUGCGUAGAAGUCUAAUAAAUAUUUAAAAUGUUUUUUAAAGACCAGGAAAAUGAUUAUGCUGAGAAGAUGAUGCAUUUAGUGGAUGAUGGCAUUAUCUGAAUGCGAACUUUGAUCUUUCCACAGCAUUGAACGAAGAUAGCUUGCACUGCUUUUUAAAGACAUGCAGUUCUUUGGUCGGCUUAUGAACACUUUAAACAAUGUCACCGGCUUGUUUUCAAACCCUUUCCGGAUCAAGGAGGUAUCCCUGGCUGACUAUGCAUCUCUGAAACCUGUAAAGUCUGAAGAUAGGGUAGUGCUGUAUGAAAAAAGUUCAUCUCACUCUUGGGAGUGCCUUCUUCUUAACCCCAAUAAUGCAAAAGUUGCUUUCCGGCUCUUCCAGGUAGACCACGAAGGAUUUGCCCUUGAGCACUACGAGCUGUAUGCAAAUAAGUUGCGCCCCUUCUAUGAGAGUUCCCAGAAUCCUUUGCAGCUGGAGGUUUUGCAGCAACUGACGGACUGUUUUCGCAGCCACCCUAGCUGGUCGCUGGCUCAUGUAGCGGUAGACGUUGGUCUCCUGGAGAGCUUCCGUCACAAUCACAUCCUGAGCUGCAUAAACAGCAACAGCGGUGACAAUGAAUGCACUCCGGUGCACAUGGCCUGCCAAAAGGGAGACAUGGAGUGCCUGCGGGAGCUGGUGGAGCAGUGCCAUGCCCGUCUAGACGUCACGGACAAAAAUGGAGAUACCGUCUUCCACUACUCUGUCCGAGGGAACAACCCUGAGAUCAUAGAGCUCAUGGGCAAGAGGUCAACUGCCGCUUUGGACCACGUGAACGACGAAGGAAAGAGCCCUUUGCACCUGGCCUGCCAACUGGGCAAAGAAGAUGCUGUUCAUGCUCUUUUGAAGGUCAAAGCUAAGUGCAGCAACAUGGGAGUGCUCGGCUACCCCAUCCACAUUGCUAUGAAAUACUCCCAGAAAAGAUGUGCUGAGGCCCUUCUUGAUAAGGAGAUCAGCCAGAUUCAGUUGCUAGACCCACGCUAUGGAGCAACACCACUCCACUGGGCCAGAAAUGCUGAUAUGACCCGGCUCCUCAUUGACUAUGGCUGCGAAGUGAACGCCCUCAGCAAGACAGGGGAGUCGGCCCUGCACAUCGCUGCCCGACGGGGGCGCUUUGAAUGCACCAUGGUGCUGCUGACGAAUGGAGCCGUGACAAAUGUGAAAGGGGCGGAUGGCAACACCCCGCUGCACCUGGCCAUGAAGCAAGACCAUCUAGAAAUGAUCAAGGCCCUUAUUGUGUUUGGAGCAGAUGUGGAGGUCCCCAAUGACUUGGGGGAGACGCCGGGGCUGUUGGCGGCCAGGAUCAGCAAAGGUGCCAAUCGGAAGGUGCUCUUAGACCUGCUGAAAAUUGUAGGGAUUGACCGCUUCCACCCACCUGACAUAUCACCAACUGCUUCCACUUCCCAGGAAGGACUACCGUCCCCAAGGAGCACUGACCAAAACCUAGAAUUCCAGGACAUCAUCCAUGUCUCUACAGCACUUAGUACCUUGCUGAAAAAACAAGAUGUAGUUGAUGUUGGCACCGAGAGGAAAAAAAGUCAAGACCGCCUUUUGAGUCUGGAUGGUGGGGGUGUCCGGGGCCUGGUGCUCAUCCAGUUCCUCAUCGCUUUAGAGAAAGCUUCAGGGCGUCCCAUCCGGGAUCUGUUUGACUGGGUCGCAGGGACGAGCACGGGGGGAAUCCUGGCGGUGUCUGUUAUACUAGGAAAGCCAAUGGAAUACAUGCGCUGCUUGUACUUCCGCAUGAAGAACGAGGUGUUUCGAGGGUCGCGGCCCUAUGAAUCGGAACCCCUUGAGGAUUUCCUGAAGAAGGAGUUUGGAGAGCAUACCAAAAUGACGGAUGUCAAGCAACCCAAACUCAUGUUGACAGCGACGCUAUGCGACCGGCAGCCUGCUGAGCUCCACCUGUUCCGGAAUUACAACCCUCCAGAAGGAAGAGGCAAAUCCCAGUACAAGUCCUCGGCUUUGUUUCAAGCGUUGACCAGGCCAGAAGAUCAGCUGAUGUGGCAGGCUGCUCGUUCCAGCGGAGCUGCCCCAACGUAUUUUCGGCCCUUUGGGCGCUUUCUGGAUGGAGGUCUGCUGGCCAACAACCCCACCUUGGAUGCCAUGGCUGAGAUCAAUGAGUGCAACAAAAUCUUAAUCCAGAAUGGUGAGGGUCACAAGGUGAAAAAGCUGGGAGUGGUGGUCUCUUUCGGGACUGGGAAGGCACCACAGGUCCCUGUGAGCUCAGUGGAUGUCUUCCGCCCCUCAAACCCUUGGGAACUGGCCAAGACUGUCUAUGGGGCUAAAGAACUGGGCAAGCUGGUGGUGGACUGCUGCACUGAUCCAGAUGGGCCAUGUGUGACCCGUGCAAGAGCCUGGUGUGAGAUGAUAGAUGCCCAUUAUGUCAGGUUCAACCCUCCUUUGGAGUUGGAUGUGAUGCUGGAUGAGGUGAGCGAUGUGAUCCUGGUGAACCUUCUCUGGGAAACUCAGAUGUACAUUUUCAAAAACUGGGCAGAAUUUCAACAGCUGCUAGAUAUGCUCCUGGUUCCAUGAUGCUUUGCAGCUCUGCCAUGCCUCCCUGCCGCAGCGACCCUGGAUUCUCAGCAAGGAGUGGUAGAUUCCGCUGGCCUCUGGCUUGCCCCUUCUAUUCAUGGCAAGAAACCGACUGGAAGAAUCGGAGGGCUGCACCCACCGAAACGUCUUUUCAGCUUGCCCAGUUCACGUACUUGCUGUGGCUGUUCUUUCCGGGAUGCCUGAUUCCAGUACACCAGCUGCCUGGAAGGGGCUCACUACGUUUCGUUUCGCUUGGCUUGUGUGUGAUAACAUGGGAUCUAACUGACCAGAGUUGGACUAUCUCUGCUACUUCUGGGCAUAUUGAGCCAGAUGCAGUGUCUGACAUGCUGGGUUUGACUAAUGUGCCUUGCUGUCCAAAAUCAUACAUGAGCAGUUAAAACAAAUUGAAUUGCUUGUUUCUCUUCCCCCGUGCCCUUUCCUGGUUGUUUUUUGCUUCCUCCUUUCCAGUUCCUCCUCGCUUGAUCCGAGUGGCGGAGAGGUGAGAGCAGGAAGGAUGGGCUGGGUUUGACAAAUGAUUUCAGACAGUAUUUGCCCACCAGCAGCGGUGUGGAAGGCUUUUUCUCCCCACUUAUGAAGAACUUCCUUAACCAGAAUAGACAGUGUACAGGGGAUCAAAAAUUAAACUUGAGUUAGCGAGGCGACCUUUAGUUGUCAGAUCCAAUGGUCAGGCACACAUUCCAGGGUCCGUUUUUUCCUGUUCUCCCAUAUAUUUGUUUCCUUACUAGAGUCACACACCCCCAUCAGUGCUGCUGCCUCCCCCCCCCCAAAAAAGUGCUGCUAACAGUAACCUAUUGGCUCAGUUUGCAUGUCACAAUAAACCGUGGUUAAUGGUUUGCCUUCCACUUUGCUCUUCCCUUCUAGCCACUAGGAGCAGCAGCAAACCACAAUCCUUGGCUUAGCAGUGCAUCCAAACCUGGGAUGAUUUGUUUGUGUCACUCAAGCGAUUUGUGAUUGGUAAGCCCAGAGCAAGGCUUGACUUGACAUCUUACUUUGUAUGGAGUGAAAUGAACCACGGUCCUUGAGCCCAGGGAUCGUGGUUUGUCGCUCCCACUGGGGGAAGAACAAAGUGCAAGGAACCUUCUGCGCUCUAGGGAUAAGAUGUUACAUCUGGUUCCCAUAAUGUGCAAACACUGCCACUAUUCUUGCAUUUUGACUACUUUAAUAGACUGUACUGGAACUACAGAAAAAAUGUCCUGGAGAAUGUGAAAUCUAAUUGGUGUUUCUCCCGCCCCUCUGCCCCAUUUUUGUAAAUCACUCUUAGUUUGUAUAAAUGUAACUCAGAACUGUAGUGAUGUUAAUAGACUCUGAUGUCUUCGUGAAACUGACACAAUGUUGAAUAAAAGGAAAUGUGUGAUGCGAAAACUGACUUGCGCUUGAACUUAAUACAGCUUAAAGGGCUGUAGCUUGGUGGCAGAGGGUUUGCUUUGGAUGCAGAAGUUCCAGGUUCAAUUCCCAGCAUCUCUAGGUGCGAGUGGGAGAGACCUCUUGUCUGAAACCCCGGAGAGCUGCUGCCAGACAGUGUAGACAGUACUGAGCUAGAUGGACCAAUAGCCUGACUUGUAUAAUGCAGCUUCCUCUGUUUCUGUGUUCCAAGUGUGAGACUCUCUUCUCUGGAAAGGAGCAAGCGGUUGUCAUGGGUGGUGCAAGCUCCUUUCUGAAAGACCACGAGAACAGCAUCGCUGGUUCAGUCCCAUGCUCCAGCUGAAGUCCGCACCCAAAACCGUAACUGAAGACAGUUGCCCCCUCUGUGCUCUCAGUUGCUGGCAGCAUCCACAGCUCCCUCUUUUUUUUAAUGCAGAAUAGAAUUAGGGUCCUUGUACAGAAGAUUGUUUUAUAUGUAACUGUCCAAUAGCAAGCCUGCAGCUCGCCAGUUUAUAGCGACUGCCUAUAGACUGUUUGAGUGAACGGCGUAUGAGUAUUCAGGAGGAAAUGGGCUAAGGUGAGGGAGGUGCAUCUAAAUGACUUGGAAUGGAGGACUGAGAUGAAAGCAAAAUUUGAUCUUGAAUCUGAUCUAAGCCAGCUUUUCCCAAAACUGGAGUCAUGUUUUCAUAUGGAGAUUUCAGCAAUGUGAUUCUGCCAUUUGCUGUUGACGCUCAGAAUCACUUCCAGUGUUUGACCCCUUGGAUACAAGAUCCAGUAUAUGCAUACAUGGUCCUUAAGCGAAUCUGUUUAUACAAACAACCACUAACCACUUGCUUUAGAACAGGAGUGGGGAAUUAAAACACUUCAGGUGUUGCUGGACUACAAUGCCCAUCAUUCCUGACCACUGGCCAUACUGGCCAAGGCUGGUGGGAGUCCAGUGACAGUGGGCUACAGAUUUUCCCUAUCCCUUUAGAGUGCAGUGGCCAAGGGCGGGGAUGUAAUGAGGCUGAGGUCUAACACAAACUUGCAAGCUCAUUGGCUCAUGUUUAACUUCGCUUUGGUGUUUUUCUUCCAUGUUUUCUUCCAUGCUUUGGUGUUUUUCUUCCAUUCCUUGGCUCCCCCCCCCUUGUGUUACGUGCCUUGCAACGACAAAUGUCAUGUGUGAAUUUGGCCAUCAUGGAUAUUGUGGCAGUACCUUCACCAGGGGCUGCUAUCAUAGGACUUGCUAGUGGACAUACCGUGUUUCUCCAAAAAUAAGACACCGUCUUAUAUUUAUUUUUCCUCAAAAAAAAAAACACGGUGGCUUAUUUUCAGGGGAUGUCUUAUUUUAUUAUUAUUAAGUAUGGUACAGUUUAACCUACAAGGUUAAACUGCCUAUCACUAUGGCUUAUUUUUGGGGUAUGGCUUGUUUUCGGAGAAACACGGUACCUGGUCAUUGCUUAGUUCACUUGUGCAAGUUAAAAUUGAGUUGUGGCAUUAUAACUCCAUAAAAAAGUGGGGAAGUUUUGUAAGGCAACAUCUCACUACUUUUGAAGUUAGCGCUUUAUCAAGGUGACGCCAUGGGUAUCCAUGUUGGGGUCCCUCCCUGCAUGAACCAUAACCCCCAGAUUCCCAGCUUGCUUCCUUUUUUAAAGUUAAGUUUCUAGCAUUUGUAGACCCUGAAGUAUGAGGGGGGGGGGGAGUACAUAUACCAAUCUCUUCAUUUUUAAUGAGAAAUUAGCCUGCUCCCUGCUUUCAGUAUUUUACUCCUUCCUCAUGGAUGCUCCCUCAUAAAUAUUCCUAUUGGAUGCCCAUGUCUAUAACAUUGGUUCUAGAACCACAUGAAAGAGAUUGCGACACUUGUGGACAACAGUGGAUCACAAAAGAGGACAUUUACAGUAUAGCUGAUCCCUAUGCAUUCUGUAUUUCAAGAG